AUGAAACUACUAGGAACAAACCCGUACAAGUCCACGUUGUACGAGCACGCGACCAAUUUCCGCUAUGACAAUACAAUCUCAACAGAUGAUUUUUCCCCAACAGCCUUCAUAUCUUCCAGGAACCAGCGUCUGAAUUUCGACAGACUGAACGAUCGAGAUUCGGUGCUAGACACGAUAAAAGACUAUAAUGAUAAGCUUGUGGAUAGCAGCCAGACAGUUGGUGUUCUUAGCACAUUCCGUGUCAGUCUGGAAACCUUUAGAGUUCACAUGUCUCGGUUCGCUCAGAAGAAGUCUCAAGGAGUACCGUCGACUAGAUUCACCAAGAAACGUCAAAUUCAGCUUAGUUACUAUGGCGAAGACAACGACCCUGAAACGGACAGCUCGCCAGUGUUCAUGCGACAUUCCGGUAUUAAGUACCGUAAAUCAAACAAGAUGAUGGUUACAGGCAAGGAGAGAAGUGCUGAUAUACAGUACAUCAGCUCGACCGAGCCUGCGUUGCAGAUCACCGAAUUUACGGUUCCCGACGACUAUUCGCCAGCCAACUUCAAGGAUCAAUCUUCAGGGGCCAGUAAACGUCGCUUAUUGUCACACGACUACCAUCUUGCUUUGGAAAACUUCAACUUCAUACCUUUAGCAGACUCGGACCAAAAAUUUGAGCUCUACCUUUACCUUCAAGAAUGCGCAAACGACCCCGAGACUCCUGCCAACUCUGCUUACGAGCAUCUUCUUAGUGAGUUUCUGAACACAUUCACGAAUUCCAAGUUUACGGACUCUGGAGAAACAGAUACAACUUCGAAUGACGAAAUACUACGCCGCAAAAAACAACGUCCUAGACGACUCGAACGCAAAUUAGAACUUAACGAUCGGUUACGACGAAUACUUGAGUUAAACUGA